AUGUCUCUUCUUCAUGAAAAUUGCGACCUGAUUCGGAUCGAAGUCCGUGACGAUCACACUGUCCUCCUUGCCUCAGCCAACAACGGUGAAGAGUCCGUUCCUGUGGAAUUAGUCCUGGAUGAAGAGAUUGGUAACGGAGAUGGUUGGUUCGUUCGCGGCGACAGCAAUUUCACAGAGACCGCUGAAGACAUCGAGUUGGAUAUCCGGGACGACGGACCAUGGUUGACUGCACGGCUCUCCGCAGCCGAUGGAGAAGAAAGAGAAACGCAGGGAAUUAACCUGGCUCUCCAUAUCGAGAACCAGAAUGGCGAGCUUGUAUGGGUUGAGCCAAAGGAAUAA